GGUGGAAUCUUAUUUGUAAAGAUUAGUUAUAUAGGUUGGUUUUAAGUGGUAAUCGGCUGCCUAGGUUAUCAAACCAAAUUACUGGUUUAGCUGGUCACUUCUUUAUGUAUAAAUAGGCUUACAGCCUUCCAUUUAAUGAUAUUCAGAUUAUUUUUCUUAAACUUGUGGUGUGUUGCAUCAAUUUGGUAUCAUAUCGUUGUAAUCCAAAACAAGCGUUCUCUUCAUUGGAUUGUUACCUCAAUGAAUGUGGAAGCUUCCUCAUCAGCCAAAGCCUUGGAGAAUAGAAUGGCCUCGGUAGAAUCGGCCAUUGUGAACAAGAAGAAUGAGAUGAACGACCUUCGAGUUAUGUUAGCCCAAAUUCUACAACAAUUGGACGUUCAAAACCCAGUAGAAGCUCAAGGACAGCAAGCUCAUGGCAAUCGAAAAAACAAGAAUGUCAUGCAAAUCAAUGAAAAUCUUCAAAAAAGAGCACAUAUUGAUGGAAAUGGCCUAAACUUCAAUAGAACAGAAGUCGGAACCCAAGAAAGAGUAAAGAACCUUUCAAGAACCAAGGAAGAACUAAUCUGGGUGGACAAAUUUGGGCUGACAUACAUAAUUUCCCAUAAAAAGACAUAAUUAGCAACAAAGAUUGCGGGCCCCAGAUGCUCAAAUCCCAGGAUACAUGAUGCAAGACUCAGACUCUUCAUAUGAGGAUGAUGAAAACUGCUACUUACCAAUUCAAGAAAGGAUAGGAUUUCAUAAGGCAGACCACAAUACCUUCAAGAACAUCAAGAUUACAGGAUGAAGGUGGAUCUUCCUAGCUUUGAUGGCAAAAUGGAUGUAGAAGCUUUCUUGGAUUGGAUCUAGAAGAUUGAAAUUUUUUUCAAAUACGCCAAUACCCUCGAAGACAAAAAGGUACAAUUGAUUACAUUUAAGUUUCAAAGAGGAGCUUCAACUUGGUGGGAUCAACUCCAAACCAACUGAAGAUAUUAUGGCAAGCCACCAAUCAAGCUUAGCCCAAACUUCUAAGACUAAUGAAAAAAAGAUUCCUCCCCCUCAAUUAUCAACAAUUCAUGUACAACCAAUACCAACUUUGUAGGCAAGGGGACAGAUCUAUUGUUAAUUACACCGAAGAAUUUCAUCGAUUGGGGGCUAGAAACAAUCUUCCCAAAAUCGAGCAAUAAAUUAUCUUGAGAUUCAUCCUUAGCUUACGAGAAGAUAUUAAAGAAGUUCUCAAAUUAUAUCCAGUGGCCUAUUUGGUUGACGCCAUUACCUUAGCUACCACCAUUGAGGAAAGUCAGGAGGCCAAAUACCAAAAAACAUACCAAAGAAGACAGAAUUGAGAGCGGCAACAAUCCUCCUUUUGUAGAACGGUAAUGGAGCAAUCUAAAGUAGUUGAUCAAGUUUCUUCUUUAAGUCAACAAGUCAAGAAAGAUGACACUACCUUCAAGCAAUCGAAACCUAAACCUGUUGAGACCACUUCAAAUAGGAAGAACGUAAAUCUUUACAACCGGCCAACACUAGGAAAGUGCUUCCAUUGUGGGCAACAAGACCAUCUCUCGAAGGAGUGUACUCAACGAAGGACUUUAGCCAUUCAAGAAGAAGAUGAUUUUGUAAGGGAUGACUGUGUAAAUGACAACGACAAUGAAUCUGCUUACAUUGAACCUGAAGAUGGAGAUCAAUUAUCAUGUGUUCUUCAAUAUGUUCUCCUCACACCUAAAUCUAAAAGUUGCCUCCAAUGUCACUCUCUAUUCUGCACUCGUUGUACCAUCAAUAGUUGGGUGUACGAAGUAAUUAUUGACAGUGGGAGUAGUGAAAACAUAGUGUCAAAAAAGUUGAUUGUUGCUUUCAAUCUAAAGGUAGAGAUUCACUCGAAUCCUAAUAAAGUCAGUUGGAUCAAAAAAGGGGGAGAGGCAACAGUUCAAGAAAGUUGCACAGUCCCUCUUUCAAUAGGUAACAUUUACCAAGAUCAAAUCACUUGUAAUGUUUUGGAAAUAGACGCCUGUCACUUGCUUUUGAGCAGACCAUGGUAGUAUGAUAACAAGACCCUCCACACUGGCCGUGAUAACACCUACGAAUUUACAUGGAUGAGCAAGAAAGUGGUCCUCCUCCCUUUCGGGGGUGCAAGUUCACAGCAGAGGAGGAAAGAGUGGUGAUAGAAUUGCAGGCACAGUUGGGGAACAAAUGGGCGAAGAUAGCGACUUACUUGCCCGGCCGGACUGAUAAUGAUGUGAAGAAUUUUUGGAGUAGCAGGCAGAAGAGAUUGGCUAGGCUUCUGCAGACAUCAACUGCUCCAUCCAAAUUGCAGAGAAGCGCUAAAAAGGAAAAGCCAGUUCAUUUUGAUGUUCCCUCCAUGGAGGCACCAAAGCUAAGCUCUGCAUCAGAGGGGGAGUCAUCUUCAAGGCCAAUGUCGUGUUCGUCUUCCUGUUGUGCCGACAAUGCUGAAGCUGUUAAUAUGUUCUGCUCGUUGCCAGAUCUGUACAGUCCCAAAUUAUUUGGUUUUGGACAAGACUUUCUUCAACCUGAAUUCAACUCGUUUCAGACGACAAUCAAAUCCGAACCACAAACCAGUUACCCCUCAACCAAUUUCCACAAACAACCACUGAGUUCAACAUUCUCAUCUCAAGGACUCCAUGAUCCCAACUUUGAUGUGUUUCUUGAAGCUUUGGAUGUUUCUCAAUUAAAUAACGAAGUUCAAUUUCCAUUCGGGCUACAGUUCUACGAACCGAUGGGAUGUUGCUCAAGUCAUGAUGUUGUAAGGGAGAACGUUGACAACCCAGAAAGCUUCUUCAGUGAGUUCCCUGCAGACAUAUUUGAUCAUAUAGAACCACUUCCGAGCUCGCCAGAUAACUGAUACUUUGUCCCUUUCAUUUCUGUAAAAUGUUUGCAACUUUGAUUUGCAUCUGUAUCUGUGAAAUUCAUGUGUAAUGUUUUGUCUAAUCAAUUGGCCUAUAUUACAGAAUGUGUUUGUUUUCUCAUUUGAACUUGUAAAGUGAAAAGUAUUCAGAUUUCAGCAUGUUUUUUCCUUUCAGUUGCAAGAAUUUUUUAAGCA